UGAAGAUUGGGCUUCACACAGACUAAAACUUCCUCCUGUGUCCAACAUCUGACAUUAGAAGGGGAGGAUUUACAGACAGAAAUUUCAAAUGAAAUGUGACAUCAGGAUCUGUUAGAAUCAUUCGAUUCAUCGGGACCUGCAUAUCAUCGGCCUUUGAAUCUAGAAGGAGAAAUGUUUGUCUGUUCCGUCUCCUUCAAAAGAUUUUAAACAUAAGUGUCACUGGAAAAGCAUCAAGACACACACACCCGAAUGAGAGUAUUCCAGUUCACUGACUGUGGAAAGAGCUUUAACCAGUUACACAGACUGAAAAACAUCACACCAUUCACAGUGAGGCAAGACCGUACACGCGUUCUCUGUGAGGACAAGGCUCGAACUGAUCAUCAAAUCUGGAGAGACACAAGGACACCCGCACCAUGGAGAAACCGUGGAAAUGUGGGGACUGUGGGAAGGGAUUCAAAGUCCCAUCUGAGCUGGAAACUCAUCGGCGCAUUCACACCGGGGAGAGGCCAUUCACCUGCUCUGAGUGUGGGAAGGGAUUCACACAGUUAUCCCACCUGCAGACACACCAGCGAGUUCACACUGGAGAGAGACCAUUCACCUGCUCUGGGUGUGGGAAAGGAUUCACUAAUUCAUCCAACCUCCUGGUACACCAGCGAGUUCACACCGGGGAGAGGCUAUUUAUCUGCUCUGAGUGUGGGAAGGGAUUCAGUGAUUCAUCCACCCUACGAACACACCAGCGAGUUCACACUGGGGAGAAACCGUUCACCUGCUCUGAGUGUAGAAAGGGAUUCACUCAGUUAUCCAACCUGCGGAAGCACCGGCGAGUUCACACCGGGGAGAGGCCGUACACUUGCUCUGAGUGUGGGAAGGGAUUCACUCAGUUAUCCAACUUGCUAACACACAAGCGAAUUCACACUGGGGAGAGGCCAUUCUCCUGCUCUGACUGUGGGAAGGGAUUCAGUGAUUUAUCCAACCUGCUGGCACAUGAGCGAGUUCACACUGGGGAGAGGCCGUUCACCUGCCGUGUGUGUGGAAAGGGAUUCACUCAUUUAUCCAGCCUGCUGAGACACCAGCGAGUUCACAGGUGAUUCCAGGGGUUGGAUUCUGCUGUUCUUGCUGCUGUUAAUCACAUCCAGGACUGAACCAUGUUCAUUCUGACACUUGGUGAAGUGGGAGGGUCGGUGGGUUUCUUUCUGCUGGACUGGCCGGUCUCACGACUUUGCCUCCAGUGGGUUGAUGCUCUUUGAGCCUGGGAGUGCACAUUUCCACUGAAAUAAUCCCAAAAGCAGAUGAAGGAUGUUUAUUUUAUCUUGGAUAGUAAAUAGUCUUUUUCCUACCACUACAGGUGGAUUUCAAAUAAAUACAUUUGUGAGAAAUGAGACAUUGAAUGAAUGAUACUUCUCAGCACAGGUAUAGAACUCUAACAGAAUUUUUGUAACAUAACUCUGAAUUGAAAAAACACAUAAAUAGUCUCUAGAAACAGGCUCAGGGUCGAUGAGAUGAUAGUGUAGUGGUAAUGUCACUGGAUCCGGAGGCCCAGCCUAAUACUCUGGGGACAUGGGUUCAAAUCUCACUGUGGCCUGUUAUGUGAAUUUGAUUAAUUAUAUUUGGAAUAUAAAACUAGUCUCAGUCAUGGUGACCAUGUAAGUAUCAUUGAUUGUUGUAAAAACCUAUCUGGUUCACUAAUGUCCUUUAGAGAAGGAAAUCUGCUGUCCUUAUAUGGUCUGGUCUGUGACGACAGAGCCACAACAAUGUGGUUGACCCUUUACUGCCCUCUGUAAUGCUGUGUCCAGGUGGUAUUAGGAAUGAACAACAAAUGCUGUCCUUGUCAGCGACACCCACAUCCUAUGAAAGAAUUUUUGACAAGUCCCUGGAAAUGUCGAGAUCUCCUGUUUCAGGUUUCCAUGUCGACAUUCCUCAGUGGAUAGGACAGUGUCUUGUUGCCUCUUUUCUGUACAAGUGCCUGGGAAGAGCUAACAAAUGGCCCUCAGCAGGAGAUAAACUCCAAGUGUUGCCGAAAAGAGAGACAUGUCGAAGCUUUUCGUCUGGCACUCAGCAACAUUUCAGCAGCAGCUGACGCUCGCUUUUUCACACUGCUGCUAUGCAGUAGCAACACGAGUGGUAUUCACCACUAACAGGAUGCUGUCGCCAAGCCAAAAAGGCAUUCUGCCUAUCAGACAAAUGUGUAAUGUGGGACUUGAAUUUUAGUGCCAGGGUGAUGCUAGUGUUAGGAAAUAGAGAUAGUUUAAGGAAAUUAUAUUUGUAUUUGUGGGUGUUAGGAAUGAGUUUUAGCUUUAAUGUUUAAGUUUGAUUUGUAUUUCUGUAUCUGCGUGUUAAGAAAGGUCAAACUGAGUUUUAGCUUCACUCUAAAACAUUUUUAAUGAGUUUUGUGAAGUUAAGCAAGCACAAGAGUAGAAAAAACAGUGCUUUUGCCUAGCAACAGGGGCCCAGAGAGACAGGUCCCUCCCACAGACACACAGAAAAUCUAAAGAAACAGCAGUUCAUUUUGAAAGCUGUUAGAGUUCAUCUGGUUUUGAAGAUAGCUGCCAGAGAAGCAGCCUAGAAGGGCUCAGGCAGCCAGUCCCAGGCUGAGGAAAAGACCCCAAAAUCUAAGGGAGUGAAACAGGGGAAAGUCCCAAGCAGACCUUCUAGUCAAAAGAAGGACAGGAACCUUAAAAAGAUCCUGUUAAGUAAAGUUAAGAGUGAGGGGCAGAAAGCUUCAUUUUAAAGGUCCAGGCACUUUCUCCAGUGCCUCUAUUUCUAAAAAAAGUGACAUGCUGUCGAAGCUUUUUGUCUUGGACUUAUCAGGACAGAUUCGCAGGAGUUACAAUUGUAAGUGCAGAACAAUCUAUACUGCAUGAGAAGAGAGUGCUGAUUAGUUAGCAAGUUGAAUGUGAUUGGCAGCAGUGUUGCCAUGGAAAAUGCACCAGGGAACAGUUCACUGCCACGCUUUUAUUUAAAUUCAAACCAGGCAAGUCAACUCUGAUUGAUCAAGGUACAGCCAUGGCUAAAGAACCAGGGAAUAUCUAUCCCCAAGCUUUUGUUUAGUUGAAAAAGGCACAAUGCUCCUUCUCUCUGCAAACGACAGGGCCCUGUGUGUAAAAAUGUGUAGCUUCUCACACGAGGAAGUGAGUCACACUGAGAGACCAGCUGAUAAUCUUAAAUUGGUUGUCAGUAUAAUUCUUAGCACAAUCAGGAUUGUUUAGCAAUUGCUGUCCAAUCACAGAAUCACAUUUCAUGUUGGACACUAUGUUUUGAGUUUUGCAAGCACAGGCUGGUUGAGUAGUCAGUACUUUACCUGUUGUGAACAGCUGAGGGGACAUGCUGUUUGGUAUGACCCGCCAGUUGGGACGUACGCCCUACAUACCUGGCAUCGCACUGGCACUGAAAUUCAUAUACCACGUCACUCACUUGUGUGACUAGCAGAAUGUCUUUUUGCCUUGACAGCAGCAUCACGUUAGUGGGGAAUACCACUCAUGUUGCUACUGAAUAGUUCUGUCCCACCAAACGACUAUUUGCUCCUAUCUCCUUUUUCUACAUGGAGGUCACAAAUGUUAACAGUACACCCAGUGGAGUCUAACCACGGAACGAAUCAGGUGAAGCAUAACUUCCCUGCUUUUCAAAUCUUUCAUUUUCAAAAUGAACACUUUUAUGGACUCCUCACUCACUGAGGCUAAUAAAGAAAACCCCAGUAUAACUGACAUGUAUUUGAGUGACAAAUGUUGAAUUGUUGGUUUGGAGCCACAAGUUUCAACUUCCCAUUGACCCUCCAGCACCUUUCUGUCUCUCUAUUGCUCUUGUCAAUGACAGCCAGGCGACGGAGCUGAGGGCCGAAUUUAGCUGAGAAUAACGGGGCCUGCGCCCUAGUUGGGAAACUGCCAUGGGAGUCGCACUAAUAGAGAGACAGAAAGGUGCUGGAGGACUGACUGGGAAACAGGCCUCCAACCAAUCAGGGCACGGGAUGGGGUGACUGGGGCUGAUGAUGACCUGACCCCCGGGGUUCAGUGCCCCUGUGUCCAAAGCGGGGAGUCACGGCAACAGGGUACAGAGGAGCCGAAGAGAAACCAUUUGGGUCCAGAACAUUGUGCACAUCCUUUUACUCUGGUUGUCUUUGAUCCUCAUGUAAUUUUUUGUUUUUUAA